CUGCACUGUUUUUUAGGGAGCAGUGCUGCUGAUCACAACCAUAAUCCAUUGGAGCGCUGUGCACCAAUCAUGUGCUGAACUGUGCAAAUAGAUCUAGUCCCUCCCCGAGCCACAGAACCAUAAACCUAACAAUGCACAGAUGAGCUGGGGGAGAGGGAGCUGCAAUAUCAGUAGGACGGUGAUGACAAACCAUUUUGAGAUGUUAACCAAAAUGAUACCUGGAUAAUUUCUAAUCCAACUUUUUCUGGCAAUGUAUAGCAAACCACCUUGUUUACCCAGUCUACAUUUUGUGAAAAAAUGUGGAUUCCUAUCGGAAUAAUGUUGAUUCCUUUGCGGACGCUUUGGAUGUUAUUUCUCUUGUGGAAUACAAUAGAGGCGCAGACACGGUAUACCAUUCCCGAGGAACUAAAUGUGGGAUCCGUUGUUGGGAACAUAGCGAUGGAUCUGGGUUUGGGAAUCUCUGAGAUAUCUGAACGAAAACUGAGGAUAGCCUCGGAGGGUGGUAAGCAGUAUUUCAGCGUGGAUUUGGGAAAAGGCGAGCUCGUUGUCAGUGAGAGAAUAGACAGAGAGAAUCUGUGUGGACAAAGCGUCAGCUGUAUGUUGCCUUUAGAGGCUAUAGUACAAAACCCACUACAGCUCCAUCGUGUUGAAAUUGAGUUACAGGAUAUAAAUGACAAUUUUCCAGUUUUUCAAAACAAUCAAAAUAUUCUAAAUAUUGCCGAGUCUACAUUGACAGGUGUAAAAUUUCGUUUAGAAUCUGCACAAGACCCCGACGUGGGCUCAAAUUCCAUAUGUUCCUACACGCUAAGUAAAAACGACCAUUUUGUUUUAAAAGUAAAAAUUAGCAAGGAUGGAACCAAAGUCCCCGAGUUGGCUUUGGAAAAAAUGUUGGACAGAGAACACAUACCAGCACACAGUCUAAUUCUGACAGCAAUAGAUUGUGGAACUCCAGCCCGGUCAGGCACAACAAAAAUCACUGUUCGGGUGUUGGACCAAAACGAUAAUGCACCUGUUUUUGAAAAAUCUUUAUAUGGCUUGAAAUUGCUGGAAAACACCCUUAUCGGUACUGUAGUUUUGACUGUCAAAGCUGUAGAUCUUGACGAAGGUGGCAAUGGCGAAAUAACGUAUUCAUUUGAACCACAUAAUCCUGAAUCACUUCAGAAUCUGUUUUCUAUUGACUCACAAACGGGAGAGCUCGCCAUUACGGGUGAAUUAGAUUUUGAAACGGGACGCUAUUUGAAAUUUGAUGUUCUUGCUACAGACAAUGGCCCGCUAACUAUGCAGGGACUGUGCACUGUUGAGGUAGAUGUCGUGGAUGUGAACGACAAUGUUCCUGAUGUUAUUUUGAAAUCUGAACCUACCCCGGUUAGGGAGGACGCACCUAUUGGAACUGUUGUGGCUCUGCUAAGCGCCAAGGACAUAGACUUUGGACAUAAUGGGAUAGUCACUCUAAGUUUACCACCAGGCGUACCUUUUAAAUUAAAACAAUCAGUGUCCAAUAAUUAUGCUUUAGUUACCGAAUCCAUUUUGGAUCGAGAAUCAUAUCCGGAUUACACCAUUGAGAUAAUGGCAGCCGAUGCUGGAUCACCUCCUCUUUCAUCCAAAAAGAUGAUUCAUGUCCGUGUUCUUGACGUCAAUGACAAUUCUCCAAUGUUUUCCCAAACAUCUUACACUGUUUAUGUCAGAGAGAACAAUGCUGCUGGAUCAAUAAUGUGUUCAGUGUCCGCUACAGAUCCAGAUAUUGGAGAAAAUGCCAAGAUCUCCUAUUCUAUAUUAGACUCUAAAGUACAAGACGUGUCAGUCUCCUCCUAUAUUUACAUAAACUCAGAUAACGGCAGCAUCUACAGCAUGCACUCGUUUGACUAUGAGAAACUGAAGGUGUUUCAGAUUCAGGUGCAGGCAAAGGACCACGGCUCUCCGUCUCUGAGCAGCAACGUCACGGUUCAUGUUUUUAUCCUGGACCAGAACGACAAUGCCCCGGCUGUUAUUUACCCCUCCGCUGUCAUGGCCUCUGUCUCCCAUCAGAAGAUUCCCCGGUCCGCUAAAGCAGGCCACCUCGCCACUAAGAUAUCGGCAGUGGACGCAGACUCGGGCCACAACGCCUUGAUUUCCUAUAGGCUGACGGAGGCCACAGACUCAUCUCUGUUCAGUGUUAGUCUUUACACAGGUGAGGUGAGAUGUAAACGUGCUGUUUCAGAGCAGGAUGACUCCUCUCAGAGGCUGCUUAUAGAGAUAAAGGACAAUGGGGAGCCGGUCCAGUCCACCACAGUCACAGUCAAUAUAAUGUUAGAAGACGGGCUACACGAACCCAUCUCGGAAUACCGCCAGAAAAAAGCAGAGCCCAGCAGGAGAAACAGUAAAAUCAUCGUUUAUUUGAUCAUCUCUCUGGCCUCAGUGUCCGUCUUGUCUUUUUUGACUUUUCUCAUCUUAGUGGUGAAGUGCGUUAGAAACAGUAGGAGCAGCUCGAGUUGCUGUAUCAGACGAGCUGACUCUGACGGAUACAAGAAUCCCAACAGAAACCUGCAGAUCCAGCUCAACACUGAUGGCCCUAUUAAGUAUGUGGAGGUCCUGGGAGGGGACCUGUUGUCUCAGAGCCAGUCGUUCAGGUCGUGUCUCUCUCCAAUGUCAGAGUUCAGUGAUUUCACCCUCGUUAAACCCAGCAGCACUAUUGACUUUAAGGAAAUGAUAAACGUGCUUGACGCAUCUUUACCUGACAGUGCGUGGACGUUCGAGAGCCAACAGGUGAGCCCAUAGUAAAAGCAUUUACUUCAUUGACGUAAUA